AUAACAAAGGCGUUAGGGGAUUUCCAGUGUUCUAAUUGUCUAAAAUAAUGCAAUCCUUGUUUUUCCAGGUUUUUAAGGGAGCCUAUUGUGAAUAGGAAGGUUUCUUCUGAUUGUUGACUGGGAAGUGAUUUUAGUUGACAUGUCAGUUUUGGAUUCCUGUAGAAUAAGGGGAAGAGAACAGACAGUAAUGGAGUAUAUGAGUACCGGUAGUGAAAAUAAGGAAGAUAUUAACUUACUGCUGACAGAUUUAAAUAUGUCUGAAGUAAUUGACAUCAUGGAGAACCUUUAUCCCAAUGGUGACCUGACAGUCUACAAAGACAGCCUCAUUGCUCUGCAUCCAGAAAAGAACAAAAAUGAGGAACGGACUGAAUCUCUGCUGUUCAGCCGAAGAGAAGUUUCUUUGCUGUCGUGCGUUAAGUAUGGGACUGUGGAAGACUUGCUUGCUUUCUCCAAUCAGGUGUCAAACACCGCAAAGCAGUUAUGCCGGCACAGGAGACAAGAGUCUGGGAUCAUAUUAAAUAUGAUCAAACCUAAAAAUGGGCGCUAUAAGAUUGACUCGGACGUGCUCCUAUUUCCUUGGAAGCUAACGUACAGAAAUAUUGGGUCUGACUUCAUUCCACGGGGAGCUUUUGGGAAAGUAUACUUGGCACAGGAUACAGAAACCAAAAAGCGGAUGGCUUGCAAACUGGUCCCAGUGGAACAGUUCAAGCCAUCAGAUGUUGAAAUCCAAGCCUGCUUCCGCCAUGAAAAUAUUGCUGAACUUUAUGGAGCCAUCUUGUGGGACGAGACAAUCCAUCUCUUUAUGGAAGCAGGAGAAGGAGGCUCUAUCUUAGAAAAGGUGGAAAGUUGUGGGCCUUUGAGAGAAUUUGAAAUCAUCUGGCUGACAAAACAUAUCCUCAAAGGACUUGAGUUUCUUCACUCAAAGGGAGUUAUUCAUCAGGAUAUCAAACCAAGCAACAUUGUUUUCAUGUCAACCAAAGCAGUUUUAGUGGAUUUUGGACUCAGCGUUCAAAUGACGGAAGAUAUUUAUUAUCCCAAAGAACUUCGAGGAACAGAGAUUUACAUGAGCCCGGAAGUGAUUCUCUGCCGGGGCCACAGUACAAAAGCUGACAUCUACAGCCUGGGAGCAACCAUCAUCCACAUGCAAACUGGCAUCCCACCAUGGGUCAGUCGAUAUCCUCGUGCAGCCUAUCCCUCCUAUCUCUACAUAAUCCAUAAGCAAGCCCCACCCCUCGAGGACAUUGCUGAGGACUGCAGUGCUAGCAUGAGGAGCUUAUUGGAAGCUGCCCUGGAGAGGAACCCAAACCAGAGACCGUCGGCUACGGAACUGCUCAAGCACGAAGCCUUGCACCCACCCCGGGAGGAACAGCCUCGGUGUCAGAGUUUGGACUCGGCUCUUUUGGAACGAAAGAGGUUGCUGGAGAAGAACGAGUUGGAACUAUCAGAGAAUAUUUUGGAUUCUUCAAGUCUCGGGAUUACUGAGGAAUCAGAUCUGCUCAGGAGACAACGCUCAUUAUAUAUAGACCUUGGAGCAUUAGCCGGCUACUUUAACAUUGUCCGGGGACCAACAACACUAGAUUAUGAAUAGAUUUGCGGAUCUCUUGUGUUGAACUGAAGAGGGUAAUGUGUGUAGAGAGGUGGGGGAGAGAGAGACAGAGAGAAGCAUGAGAGCAUUAAUUGGCUGUGCUUGGAUUCCUUGAACUCUAGCAAUGUUCAAUGAACGUACUGAACAAGUUCCAUAGUUAUCUCUAACCACCGCCUGCUCCUGGUACACAGUUGUGUUUUUUAAUACAGCUGUACUGAGAACAAAUCCUCUAUUUGGAUUCUAUCAUCUGGCUUAGCUAAAAAGAUCUGAACUUUUGCAACCUGGAGUUGAACCUCUACUUGCCCAUUGUCAUCUUACUAAGUUUUGCUGGAUGAAGUGGUAGCAGAACAAAAGGGCAUCUUUUUGCAACUGCCCACUAGUUUUGCUGAUUGCUUGCUUUGGUUACCAAGAGAGACAGCUCCUUUUUUAAUAACAUUUUGGGGCUUCUCUUGUAUUCCUUGUCAUACUUUCUAACUCUCAGUGCUGCUGCAGUGAUCUCCUUUCUUUCAGGCUGAGAGCUUGGCAAAUUUAAGAAUUCUGUACAUAAGCUAAGAACUUUUUCAAGAAAACCUUAUAGAAUUCAUGAUCACCUAGUUUCCUAAUUAAUGGGUAUUAGUUUAUUAUGUCUGCUGGCUUUGAAGGGGGAAAAAACGCUAUUGUGACUUCAGAUGCAUCUCCUGUUUAAAGCUUUUAGGUGUGAAGCUGCUAAGACAGGGAAUUUUCAGAAUGCCUGCUCCCCAUGCUGGCUGCAAGGUUACAGAUAUUUUCCAUCAUGUAAUUCUUUGGCAUGAAUGGGAACUGUGCCAGAUCUUGAGAUAAAACUCUGUCAUGUGAAUUUAAAUUAACAUAAAGACUUAGUAACUGUAAUCAUAGGCUGUUUGAAUGUUAACAUGUUGUAUAAUGUCUGAUGACACAUGAAGGUGAGCUUAAUUUAUGGCUAUGGGACUACGUGUUGUUAAAAAUAGACAUGUAGUUAGGUGUCAUGAUUAUUUUAUAUUCCUAUGGAAAGAAAACCUCUCCUUGGGCUCUUGAAGAUGUUGAGUACAUUUAAAACAUAGUGUUUUGGAUGCUAGGAAAACUGGUUCAAGAACAUAGCUUUGUACAUCCUAUGGGAUGAAUAUAUAAACUUUUAUAAAACGAUGCAGUAGUUUAUUAAGCAUUUUUCUGAAAAAACAUACUAUGUAUGUUAUAAAUACAGUAAUUAACAAAAUCAUGGUUUAGAUUUUAUAUUUAAACAUCUUUGUAUGCACAGUGCAUUUGUAUUAAUUCCUUGAAGUCCUGAUUCCUGAAUCAGCUAUUUAAAAUAAUAAAUCUCUGUUAAACAUA